AUCCCAAAUCUGUGCUGUGUUCUUGCUAUGCACAAUUGUGAACAGUAGAAAGAUAAAAGAAUCAAAUUCACCAGACAGAUCACCUUGUCUCUCUCUUUCUCUAAGGGUUUCUCUCUCUAGAAAAAGCCCAUUUUUCCAGAUCAAGAAGAUUCCUCAAGUCAAUUCUGGGAGACCCACAAAAGUUUAACCAUUAAUCUAUCCACUCAUAGUGUGUUUCUGUGUGUUUCUUGAUCAUCAUUAUUAUCAUCAUUAUUAUCUCAAUUGGAACAAGCAAUUAUGUUAGAAAAGAUGGAAAAAGGAUUUGAUCCUGAAGAAGUGAUAGAAGAAUUUGAAGCUCUAACCAAAGAUGCUAAGAGGGUUCAAGUUGAAACUUUAAAGAGAAUCUUGAAAGAAAAUAGUGAAGCAGAAUAUUUAAAAAAAUGGGGUCUUGAUGGCAAAACUGACACUGAGAGUUACAGUACUUGUGUCCCUCUUGUCACCCACAAAGAUCUUGAGCCUUUAAUUCAACAAAUUGCUGAUGGUGCAACUCACCCUAUUCUCACAGGCAAGCCAAUCACCACUAUUACAUUAAGUUCUGGGACUACUGAAGGGAAGAGAAAGUUUGUACCUUUUAAUGAUGAAUUGACCGAAACAACUAUGCAGAUUUAUCGGACCUCAUUCGCCUACAGAAACAGGGAAUUUCCGAUUGGAAAUGGGAAAGCUUUGAGCUUUAUUUAUGGGAGUAAACAAUUUAAGACGAAAGGCGGUUUACUAGCAGGCACUGCUACGUCAAACGUAUACCGUAGUGCACAAUUCAAGAAAACCAUGAAGGAUAUGCAAACCCCGUGUUGUAGCCCGGAUGAAGUCAUUUUCGGGCCAGAUUUUCACCAAUCUUUAUACUGUCAUCUUCUUUGCGGGCUCAUUUUUCGUGACGAAAUUCAAGUUAUAUCUUCGACUUUCGCCCAUAGCAUUGUGCAUUCGUUUAGGAGCUUUGAGUUAGUCUGGGAAGAAUUAUGUUCCGACAUAAAAACCGGAACCUUAUCCACCCGAAUCACUGUUCCAACAAUUAGAACCGCAAUGGCCAAGAUAUUGAAGCCGAACGCUGAGUUAGCCUACAAGAUUCAUGAAAAAUGUUUGAGUUUGAGCAACUGGUAUGGGUUGAUCGAGGAGUUGUUCCCGAGUGUGAAAUACAUAUACGGGAUCAUGACUGGAUCGAUGGAACCUUAUUUGAAAAAGUUAAGGCAUUACGCUGGUGGAAUACCGUUGUUGAGUGCAGAUUACGGGUCUUCUGAAGGGUGGAUUGGAGCAAAUGUUAACCCGACCCGCCCACCUGAAAUGGCUACUUUUGCCGUGCUUCCCCACAUUGGGUAUUUUGAGUUCAUACCAUUGAGAGACGCCGGUCCAUUGGGCCGGAUCGAGCCUAGACCCGUGGGUUUGACAGAUGUCCACGUCGGCGAAGAGUAUGAGGUGGUUGUCACCAAUUUUGCAGGUUUGUACCGUUAUAGGCUCGGUGAUGUUGUUAAGGUUGUCGGGUUCCAUAACUCGACCCCAGAACUCCAGUUUAUUUGUAGAAAAGAUAUAAUGCCGGCAAUCAACAUAGACAAGAACACCGAGAAAGAUUUGCAGUUAUCAGUUGAAGCCGCCGCCAAGUUGUUGGCAGCCGAAAAACUCGAGGUGGUUGACUUUACAAGUCAAGUUGACCUCUCGUCGGAUCCGGGACAUUAUGUGAUCUUUUGGGAGGUAAGUGGGAACGCAAGCGAUGAAGUAUUUAAAGAGUGUUGCAAUUGUAUAGACUCAGCAUUUGUUGAUGCUGGUUAUGUAAGCUCCAGAAAGGUCCAAGCUAUUGGACCGCUGGAGCUCAAAAUUUUGAAAAGAGGGACAUUUCAAAAGAUAUUGGACCACUAUGUCGGGUUGGGGUGUACCUUGAACCAGUUCAAGAUGCCAAGAUGUGUUGGUCCGGUUAACGAUAGGGUGUUGCGGAUUUUGUGUGAUAAUGUUGUAAAGAGUUACAUUAGUAGUGCUUUUGGUUAGGGGUGUUUGGGUUUGGGAAUAAAGGUGUAUCUUUGUGUGUGUUGCACAGGGCUUCAAAUAAUGUUGUUUUGAUCAUGGUCGAAGUUCUAGCACAAUAUGUAGAAUUUCCAUACACAAAGUUACAAUGUAAUAUAUUAAAAUGUAUAUUGUUUUAAUAUAUUUUGUUAUUGAGGUAGACUCUUAUUAUUA